UUCUGUCGAUCUGCAAGAGAAAGCAAAUUUCACAAAACUCAGUAGACUUCUAGUUGACAAAGGAACUGAGGCUUUGAGAAAUACAUUUGAUACCAUCCAUCCACCUGUUAGUCUACCCGGAGUACUGGCUGCAAACAAAACAUCUCUUCAAAAGUUAAAACUUCGAAUUAUUAAUAAUUCCCAGUGGGAUUUACUGUUUCCUCCGUCUGGCAACCCACCAGAUUCCAAAACCUUUGAUGUCACAUUACUUACAGUUCUAUUCCGGAACAUUUGUGGUUUUCCAUCAACAGGAUGGAGUGUAAUGCCUCCGGAUACUGAUAGGUCAACGCAGGCGAAUAUCGCAAGAAUCAAGUGUUACAGAAAUGAAGUUAUUGCACAUGUAACAACAACUCGAGUUGACAAUUAAACAUUUGAGUCUUUAUGGAAGAAAAUCUCCCAGGCGAUAGUAGAAUUGGGCGUUUCACAGAGUGAUGUCGACGAUUUAGGAAAAUGUCCUCUAGGGCCUGAAGAAGAAGUGUAUGUGCAAAAGCUUGAAGAUUGGAAACUGCACGAAGAUGAGUGUAUUAAAAUGCUUGCAACAAUAAAACAAAUCGUUGAGUCUUUGUUGAAGAAAAGUGACAAUGAGAUCCCGCAAACGUCCCUCAAGCGUACGCUAUCAAUACCCGAGGAUGCCAAUCCCGAAAAAAAAAUCUGCAAGGCGAGUGGUGAAGAUGUAUUACAAAAACUUGCCAAACAUAAUUUCAAGAAUAAAAUUAAAAGAAAAGUCAAAUUUUUCCUUCCUGGAACGAGAGAGUGGUUGUUAAAAAAAGUUGACGAGUGGUUUUGUAGCAGUGAUAGUGAUUCAAGAAUAAAGUUAAUAACAGCUGGACCAGGAUUUGGUAAAAGCGUGUUUGCCGCUAAAACCUGUGAAGAUUUUGAGAAGACUGGAAAGCUGGCUGCUUGUCACUUUUGUGAUUUCAGUAAUUCAAACCUAAGAGAUCCGAUGAUUAUGCUGCAGUCUCUCGCAAGUCAGAUGUGUGAGAAUGUCCCUGGUUUUAAACAGAAGCUUCUUGAUCAGUUAAAGCGACCUCAUCAAGUUCAAAAUCUGAAAGAUGCCUUUCUAAUAUAUUUGCAAAAUCCCUUAGAUGAAUUGGAAAUAAAAGAGCCACGUUUAGUCGUGAUCGAUGGCUUGGAUGAAAGUGCUGCAGAUAAUAAGAAUGAAAUUGCGCAUUUAAUUGCUGAAUAUUUUCCUGAGCUUCCCGAGUACAUCAAAAUCUUGGUGACGAGCAGGCCAGAGAUUUCCGUUGCUGAUCUAAGACUAAGAGACGAUCAAAAGACAGACAUUGCCAAUGUUCAUGACAACAAUAACUCAGAUCUUGAACUUUAUUUUAAAGAAUGUUUUUCAAGUUUAGUUGGCAGGGAAGUGGAUAAAAGGAAGAUGAGCGAAGAUUUCUAUAAGGAUAAUCCAUAUCUAUCAUCUCAUUACCGCUUUAGGCAAAAUAAAGCUAUUAGUUUACUUUCCAUUUUUGUUGCCAAAUGCCAAGGCUCGUUUCUCUAUGCAUAUCACUUUCAAUCUGGGCUAAGGGCUCGCUAUGAUCUUGAGAAGAUAACAAAUAAUGACGUCAUGGAGUUUCUCCCAGAAGGUUUGCAUUCUGUUUACGAACGAUAUUUUAAACGCCUUGAAGACGAGCUUAACGCCAUAAAACACGAAAAAAUCGAUGUCUUGAAUAUUUUGGCAAUGCUGGUUGCUUCCGAAGAAGAUCUUCCCCUCACUUUCGUCGCUCAGGCUUUUGGUUUAGCUCCUGAUUGUCGCGAAACGAAAGACAUCAUCAACAAAAUUAAUGAAAUCGUAUCGUGCUUGUUCAAAGGGCUACAAAGAUCACCAGUAUACUGUCAAGGUCGAUGA